CGGUCUCCGCUCAGCGGGGCGGGGUCUCAGCCAGACCUGUUGUUCGGAUCUCGGAGCUCCUGGUCCCGCCUGGGUUCUGCUCGGUUCUCUCUGGUUCACCGGAACUUUUCUCUGGCUUUUGGAACUCGGCGGGAUCCGAACCAGACCUCUUGGUCCAGGAAGCGCCCCCUGAUGACGAAGGCUCCUUCUCCUCCCCCUCAGGUCUCCUCGUCUCAGCAGAGACGAAGCGGAAGCAGCAACAGGAAGUUGUCAUGCUGGUCUCCAGGAAGCGUUUCCUGGAGGAAUCCGAGAAGCGGUCUAGGUGUGAAGCUGAAGACUUCCUCUGGCAGCAAACAAACAGAACUUCAGAGACGGCCGCUCUGAGCCGAGGAGCUCAUCAGAACCGAACCGAACUAGAGGUAAAGAGGAGCUGCCAUGUUGGCCUCCUCCAUCUCCUCCUCACUCCUCCUCUUCCUCCUCCUCCUACCUCCUGCUCACCCUGCAGACGCCUCCAUGCAGUGGGUGAAGCUGGAGGGCUCCCCCCUCUCCCACCUGCUGCUGGACCCGAGGGCGGGGCAGCUGUUUGUGGGCGGAGUUGACCACCUGUAUCAGCUGACCUCUGACCUAAAGGUGAUGUCACACGUUAAAACCGGCCCUCUCCUGGACUCUCCGGACUGCCUCCCACCAAUCGUUGCUCAGGACUGCCCCUCGGCCACGCCCACUCACAACCACAACAAGCUGCUGCUUCUGGAGGCGGAGCCAUUGGCGGGGGCGGAGCCAGGACCGGGGGCGGAGCCAGGAAGCCUGAUUGUCUGUGGUUCACUGUUCCAAGGAAUCUGUGAGAAACGGAGUCUGUCCAACAUCUCUCAGCUCAUCUACCGGACCUCCAACCCCGUUGACACUCAGUACGUCGCGGCCAAUGACCCUCGGAUUUCCACCGUCGCCGUGGUGAUAACCACCCGGAACAAACAGGAAGUGGGCAUGGCCGGCGGCGAGCUGCGCCUCCUGCUGGUCGGUCGAGGCUACACCAGCCGGGGUCCUGGAGACAUCCCACCAAUCACAACGCGGCGCCUGCACCCGGUGGCUCCGCCCCGCAAAGCCUUCUCCCAGGAGGAGGAGCUCGGAAAACUCGUCGUGGGAAGUUACUCCGAAUACAACAACCACUUUGUGAAGGCUGUCGCCCACGGCGACCACGUCUACUUCCUGUUCUCGCGGCGGGACAUGAGGCACACGAAGGAGUACAGGACCUAUGCCUCGCGGCUCUGCGCCUCCGACCGCAGCUUCUACUCUUACGUGGAGGUGCCGCUGCUGUGCCGCGGCGGCUACAACCUGGCUCAGGGGGCAUGGCUAGGAGACCUGUCAGGUACACCGGCACUGUUUGUCGUCAUGGCAGCAGGGCAGGCGUCCACGCCCAUAGCAACAAGCCGCUCUGCGCUCUGCGUUUAUACGAUGAAGGACCUGGACGCCACGAUGCGGCGGGCGCAGGAAGUGUGCUACACGGAGGGAGGGCUUGAUAGUAGCGGGCAGGAAGAGGCCUACAUCGAGUACGCCGUGUCAUCCAAGUGUCUGAAACUCCCGAAGGAGUCUCUGUCUGACUACCCGUGUGGGGGGGAACACACCCCCAACCCCAUCGCCAGCGCCGUUCCCCUGGGAGUCCCGCCCACCGUCACGCUGAACACCCAGCUGACCUCCGUUACCGCAGCAACAGAGGCCGGACACACCAUCGCCUUCCUGGGAGAUCGAGACGGACGUCUGCACAAGGUGUUGGUGCGCCCCGACAGGUCUGGCCAUCUGUACGGCAGCCUGUUGGUGGACGCGGGCGGAGCCAUCGGCGCCGACCUCCUAUUGGACGAGAGCCAACGCCACGUUUAUGUUUUAACCGACGACCGGGUGUCCAAGCUUCCCGUGUCGUCCUGCGACAGACAGACAGACUGUCUGUCCUGUCUGUCCAUCAGAGACCCGUACUGCGGCUGGUGCGUCCUGGAGGGACGGUGUUCCCGUAAACAUGAGUGUGAGCGCCACCUGCUGGACAACCACUGGCUGUGGAGUUUUGAACGGACCAAUCAGUGCGUCACGGUGCGGAGCCUGCAGCCGGCCAAUCAGAGCAGAGAUGAGCAGACCCAGGUAACCAUGUCAGUCGUCCAGCUGCCUGUCCUCCAGGGGGCGGAGUCUCUGUCCUGCGUCUUCGGGAGCCUGCCUCCCCAGCCGGCCGUUGUCAUGGGAACAGAGCUCACCUGCCAGUCACCUGUGCCGGAGCUCCUCCCCCCCAUGCCGCCCAGAAGCGAUCACAUGGUCCUGCCCGUGUUUCUGAUGUUUGGUCACGUGACCGUCGCCAUGGGAAACAUGACCUUCUACGACUGCGGAGCCAUCAGCCGACUGAACCAGAGUUCCCAGUGUCUUUCCUGUGUCGGAUCCUUCUGGACCUGCAACUGGUGUCCUCUGGAUCAGAUCUGCACCCACAACCACAGCUGCCCCAGGAAGCUGGUCCUCCACCACAAUGACUCUCCUGGUCCCGGUUCCUGCCCUCUGGUCUCGUCUCUGAGAGGUUCUGCCUUAGUGCCCAUAGGCCUGAGCACCACUAUAGUUCUGGAGGGGCGGAACCUGGACAUCUACCAGGACGAAGCUCAGUACGUUUGUGUUGUUGAAGUUGAGGACGUGCAGCUCAACCUGACGGCUGCUGUGAGGAAAACCGAGGACAACACACACAUCUUUACCUGCAGCCCCCACCAGUUUCAGUACCGCCUCAGCCAGCUGCAGUAUUCCGCUGCCAUCUACCUGCGCAGAGGACAGCAACGCAUCGAUGCAUCACCUGGACUCAGACUCCACCUGUAUGACUGCUCAGCCGGCCAAUCAGAUUGCUCGCAGUGCAGGGCGGUGCCUGAGGAGUACAGCUGUGUGUGGUGUCUUGGAAGCCCCGCCCCCAGAUGUGUUUACAGCCAAUCAUGCUCCAGCUCACCCGCAGACACCUGUCCGACGCCUCGGAUCACACAGGUGCAUCCUGUGACCGGACCUGUGGAGGGUGGAAUCCUGGUAACAAUCACAGGAUCCAACCUGGGCACCAGGUACCAGGACGUGGUGGGCGGAGUCAAGGUGGCAGACGUCCCGUGUGUGGCUCAGCCUGAAGGAUAUCAGAUCUCCACCAGGGUUGUGUGUGAGCUGCAGAGCAGUGGGAAUUACCAGGUCGGGAAUGUCCAGGUUACCGUGGGAACCACUCCACCUGGCCGAUCAACCCAGAUGUUCACCUAUCAGAACCCUAAGCUGACUGGUCUGGUUCCAGAUAAAGGCCCGGUUUCUGGAGGAACCAAGCUGACCAUCAAAGGCCAACAGCUGUUGACCGGACAAACAUCGGACCUGACCGCCUUCCUGGACCGGCAGCCCUGCUUCAUUUUGAAUGAGGUGACCGAUUCCCAGUUUGUGUGCAAGACCAGUUCUAGUAAUCGGACCGGACCAGUUCCGGUUCGGGUCUUCUUUGGUAAAGCUAAUCGGACCGGUCCUGAUCUUACCUUUCGUUACCUGGACGACCCCGUCAUCACCAAAGCUACACCUGCAGAGAGCUUCUAUGCGGGAGGGCGUGUCAUCAAGGUGACGGGCAGGAACCUGGACGUGGUGCAGGACCCCGUGAUAUCUGUGUGGGUGGAGCCUCUGGAGGUGCAGAGAGUGAAACGGAGAAGGCGAUUGGCUCUCCUGACCGCCAGGCAGCAGUUGGUCUUUAAUGGCACCAUGACGACAGUGUCUGAGCGCUGCUCUGUCCUGUCACCUUCUGAGAUCACGUGUCUGACCCCCGCGGUGCCCCCAGAGGUCAGAGUGAAGGGGGUGUGGUUUCAGCUGGACAACGUCCGGGUCCACUACGACAGCAUCGAGGGUAAGAGCUUCACCUAUUACCAGAACCCCCAGUUCUUUCCUCUGAACCGAGACGCUCCGGACGCUCCGUACCGCUUCAAACCCGGCGGAGUGAUCGCUGUAGAGGGUCUGGACCUGACCAGAGCCAUGUCCAAGGAUGAAGUCAGGGCUCGGCUUGGAGAUCAAGACUGUGAGGUGAAGACUCUGGACCGAACCCACCUGUACUGCGAACCCCCCGAGAACCAGCCUCUGAGCGUGGACGGCAGCAGCGAGUUGCCCAUGCUGAAGGUGUUCAUGGGGAAACUGCAGGCUGACCUGGGUCUGGUCCAGUACGACAGCGACUUGUUGCUAUCUCCCAUCCCGCUGGCGGCGCAGAUCAGUCUGGGUGCAGGAGCUGCUGUCAUCAUCCUGUCGGUGCUGAUCGUCAUUCUCAUGUACAGGAGGAAGAGUAAACAGGCUCUCCGAGAUUAUAAGAAGGUUCUGCUGCAGUUGGAAACUCUGGAGAUCAACGUGGGAGAUCAGUGCCGUAAGGAGUUCACGGACCUGAUGACAGAAAUGAUGGACCUCAGCAGCGACGUGGGAGGACCGGGUCUUCCUCUGCUUGACUACAAGACGUACGCAGAGAGGAUCUUCUUCCCCGGCCAGCAGACGGCGCUGCUGAGCCGGCAGUUGGACCUGCCGGAGUCCAGGAGGCCGACGGUGGAGCAGGGCCUCCAGCAGCUCAACAACCUGCUCAACAACAGACUCUUCCUCACCAGGUUCAUCCACACCCUGGAGGCCCAGCAGGGCUUCUCCCAGCGGGACCGCGGCUACAUGGCCAGUCUGCUCACCAUCGCGCUGCACGACAAGCUGGAGUACUUCACCGAGGUCAUGAAGACGCUGCUGCAGGACCUGGUGCAGCAGUACGUCGCCAAGAACCCCAAACUCAUGCUGCGCCGGACGGAGACGGUUGUUGAAAAGAUGUUGACCAACUGGAUGUCCAUCUGCCUCUAUUCUUUCCUGAAGGAAGUGGCCGGGGAGCCGCUCUACAUGCUCUACCGGGCCAUAAAGUACCAGGUGGACAAGGGCCCGGUGGACGCAGUGACGGGGAAGGCCAAGAGGACGCUCAACGACAGCCAUCUGCUGAGAGAGGACAUCGAUUACUCUGCCAUGACUCUGAACGUCCUGGUGAAGAACGGAGUCGAGGUUCAGCCGUGUCCCAUUAAAGUUCUCGACACCGACACCAUCACCCAGGUGAAAGAUAAAAUCCUGGAUCAGGUCUACAGAGGAGCUCCGUUCUCUCAGAGACCAGCAGCUGACAGUCUGGACCUGGAGUGGCGUUCAGGUCAGGCAGGUCACCUGACUCUGUCAGACGAUGAUGUCACAGCGGUGGUUCAAGGUCGCUGGAAAAGGCUCAACACCCUGCAGCAUUACAAGGUUCCAGACGGCGCCACAGUCGCCCUGAUCCCUCGAUUUCUCAGUUCAGGGGUCAACCAGGUGUUUCAGACCGGAGAAAAAACACCAAUGCUGGAAGGUGAGGAAGAGGAGGGUCUGCGUCUGUGGCACCUGGUGAAGAGCAGCGAAGAUUCAGAGAUACCAAAACAUCGGAAGAGCAGCAUGAGGGAACGGGAGAGAGCCAAGGCCAUUCCUGAGAUUUACCUGACCAGACUGCUGUCCAUGAAGGGGACGCUGCAGAAGUUCGUGGAUGAUGUCUUUGUGGCCAUCCUCAGCACCAAGCGUCCUCCUCCCAUCGCUGUCCGGUUUUUCUUCGACUUCCUGGACGACAUGGCGGAGAAACACGGGAUCGACGACCCCGAGACCGUCCACAUCUGGAAGACAAACAGUCUCCCUCUGAGGUUCUGGGUCAACAUCCUGAAGAACCCACAGUUCGUCCUGGACGUCCAGGUGACGGACAGCAUCGAUGCCGUCCUCUCCGUCAUCGCCCAGACCUUCAUCGACUCCUGCACCACCUCCGAACACAAAGUGGGACGGGACUCUCCGGUCAACAAGCUGCUUUAUGCCAGAGAGAUCCCGCGCUACAAACAGCUGGUGGAGCGGUACUACAGUGACAUCCACAGCGCCGCAUCAGGAUGCUACCAGGAGAUGAACUCCACUCUGACGGAGCUGUCCGGGGUAAACAGAACCAGAACCAGAACCACCUGUCUCUCCUCCUGUCUCACUCCUCCUGUCUCCCUGCAGAGCUUCGCCUCAGAGAUGAACGGUCUCGUUGCUCUUCAUGAACUCUACAAAUACAUCAACAAAUAUUACGACCAGGUCAUCAUGUCCCUGGAGGAGGACACGUCGGGUCAGAAGAUGCAGCUGGCGUAUCGGCUGCAGCAGGUCGCCGCCCUGGUGGAGAACAAAGUCACUGACCUCUGACCUGCGAGUCCUGAGGAAGAGGAGAGACAGCGAAGCUGAUUGGACGGCUGCUGCCUGUCUGUCUGCGUGGGGGACGCAAAGUCUUUCAUAAUCGGUCUUCCGGUUCCCUCACACGGCGGCGGCCGCCAUCUUACGACAAUCCAACCAAUCAGGGAACACCGUCGCCACCGGCUGCCUUGCACUACAAUUCCCAGAGUUCUUUGCUGUCUGAGUCUAAAAGCACAACUUCAAUAGUUUCUUCUGUGUUUGUAUUGGUUCUGACAUAAAACCUGCUAUUUUCUAUGUUUUUCUACUGAAACCAGCGGAUCGGACUCUGAACGGCCAGAACCAGAGGUUCUGGUGCUGCUGGGCGUUUCUGAACGCAAUAAUCUGCAUCAGGGAGUGUUUUCAUCUGACCCGGUUCUGCUGAGGUUCUGGAUUCGGACCUCAGGUCGAACUGCGGCGGUGAGAAGGGAAACCUGCCCGGAUGUUGGCGCGCUGCGCCGCUUCUCAGUGCAAAUCCACCUCGCUGCAGCAAACAGGAAGGGCGGGACGGACCGCUGUCAGUCUCAGACCUUAUUUGGAAAUGGGAC